AUGGCCUCCGUCGAGGGCCCGAUGCUGCAUCCCGAAUCGCCCACCCCAAUGGACCAUGAGGACGUCAUAUACCCAUGCAAAGGAUGUGGCGAGAUUCUCGAGGAGGGCAAAGCCUUUGAGCUGGCUGGGAACCGAUGGCAUCUUCAUUGCUUUCGAUGCGGCUCUUGCGGCGCCUUGCUCGACUCCGACGCGAACCUCCUCCUCCUCGGCGACGGCAGCCUCAUCUGCAACAACUGCACCUACUCAUGCUCGGCCUGCGGAAAUAAGAUUGAAGACUUGGCCAUCUUGACCGGUGACCAGGCCUUUUGCUCGAGCUGCUUCCGAUGUCGCAACUGCAAGAAGAAGAUUGAGAACCUCCGCUAUGCGCGCACUUCACAAGGCAUCUUUUGCAUGAGCUGUCAUGAGACGCUCAUGGCAAGACGGCGGAAAAAGUCGCGUGUGCCGUCGAAAUCUGCACAGCCUGGCGCAAAAGAGAAGGCUCUCCCUUCAUUACCACAGACCCUCCCUCCCUCCAGCGCAUUCUCCCCCGACAUAGCAGAACUCGAAACGCCGCCUCUGACUUCACAAGCCGCGACGCCCGCGGCCACUUCCCCUCCACAGCGACAGCUCAGUGCAAAGGAGGGUCUGUCUUCGGAAUCAUUACCCUACUCUGAUGAUGCCCCCACACUACCCGCCAGCACAUAUGGCGAGUCGCGCGCCCCAAACACCUCACCCCACGUGCCCGACGAUGGCCUCGAAAGCGGCUUCCUCCCCAUGACCUUCGAUCCUACUCCUGCCGCUGGCCCUCCCCCAUCCUUCGGCCCUCCAUCGAUCACUCGCAAAGCCGUGCCGUCAAAUCAUGAGCCCUCUCCGCCUGCACAGGCCGUCAAUCAAUCGCGAGACUAUUUCGGAAAAGCCCCCGUCAGAUCUACACACAGAGAAAUGCUUGUCGACGAGCACAGACCAAACUCGUCACGCUCUGCAUCUGCAGACCGCGGCCUCGAGCGAUCUGGAAGUCAGGCGCGUGCGAGUCCGCACAUCUUCACACAGGAUAAGAGUCGGGCACAGAAGACAUCCGAAAACCGCACGCCUGCCAUUAGAUCAACGGUUGCAUCGCCGCCUACUCCUACCACUGAAGAGCGUGCACCGUCUCAGCUUGCAAGCAGGAAUAACAGUCAAAAAGAAGUCUUCAGGCUGCAGGAGGCGCCGAGGUCGAAGAAGAACAGCCUGCGCACCAGCUCCGAUACCCAAUCACCCAUCUCGCCGUCCAAGGACGUGUCGAUUGAGAAGCUGGCAUCGCCCGCGCCUUCUGCCGACUCUCCCAGCUCGAGUAUCAAUCCGUUUGAAGACCCCAAGCUCACGGAGAACGGGUGGUCUGGGACGUUCCACAGACCUAUCCGGGGCGAUUCCCUCGCCGGUGCUACUGCUCGAAAAGGGAGAAGCCCGCCAGACGACGCGCCAACACCGACUGCAUCUACCACGCAUCUUCAAGCUGGCCUUGAACGUAAUGCGUCUGUCAAUUCAGCCGCCUCAACCUUCACCGACGCACAUGAGAGUCUUUCUCGAGACAAUAGUGUCACGAAGCCAGUCGAGUCUCCGCCCGUGAUGAGCAGCCCAGACGUUCCCCCUCCGCCUCGUGCAUCUAGUCGACAGAACCGUACGCUGGCGAAUGGUGAAUUCACGACACCGCGAUCUGCCCCUGCGCCUCCGCCGGUGCACAACAGAACCGAGUUAGCGCAAGUUGUCGAAGGCGCGGAUUACGACGAGCCGCCGGGAUCUGCGCAAUACAGUGCUGGUCUACCGAAGCAAAGCAUGGACACGCCAUUCUCGAUGGAGGAGGAGAUGGCGCGCAUCCUGAGAGGAGAACACACUCGCGGCAAGCUGUCCACCGAUAGCUCUCAUGGCCCAUCCAUGCUACGGAAGGUGUCGAACGCGGUGAGGCACGGGCGCAGCUUUAGCGAUCGCGGAGUGAGCUCCCUUGGCAGGCCAUCCACGCGUGACGGUCUUGAAAUCAGCUCUCCGAUGACGAUUAGCAGUCCAAUGUUGGCCUCGCCGACCGGAAAGGAUAGUAGUGAGCAACUCUCGGCACAGCUACGACGAGCGCAAUCGCGAAUCACCGAUCUCGAAGCGGAGGUCAAUCGCCUCGAAGACACUGUCAACAGCUCUACUGAGAUCAAGGCGGCAAAUGUCGAGCUUCGGGAGAAGCGAACAACGAUGGUCGUGUUGGACACACAGCGCGAGCUGGUCGUACGGGAGCUGGAGGUCAUGACGGAUCAUCUGAGCCAAGCGAAGGAUAACAGCAAGCCUCUGGACCUGAAUUCCUUAAAGACCGAAGUUCUGAAGGAUUUCGCCGACUCGAUACAACGAUUGAAGGAUGAGAUGACGGCGCAGAUUGAAGAUCUCAUGCUCAAGCGCAACAAAUUGACCGACGAAAUUGCGAACCUGAUUCAGAUGAAGGACAAGGGCUUCCAAGAGUAUGAGUCGCUAACGACGAAGAAUGCGCAGCUGCAGGAGAUGAAUGCGCAGAUUCUGCACAACAUCCAGGACAUUUACAAGUCGAAUCGCGGCGUGAAUGGCCCGUCGACGGCGAAUGGACUGGGCAUCUACAAUGCAGGCGCCCGCUUGGAGUCUCCUGGGACGAGCGAAGUCCGCAAUUUGAAUCUCGUCAACACCGACUCGUCCAUGCCGAACUUGCUGCAAGAAACCGAGGCCGAGCCGGCGACGAUCCUGACGGCACCACAAGUCGUCAACAUCCGCAAGGGGCAGCCGAAGAAGUUCAAUUGGCGCAAGGGAGGGGAGAAGGUGGCGAAGAACGUCACCAAGGGCCUCAAAGCUUUCGCCAGUGAAAGGGGAGGUGACAGUCAAUAUCCUGCCAUUGGUAUGCCGUACGGUCAGAUGUCGGCCGGUGCAGCGCCUGGGAGUGAUCAGGUGGGCUCUGCCAGCAAGCAGUACGGCGAUCCCGGCCGCUCGGGAAGUGCGUUUGCGUUGUGGGGACAAAAGUCCGGUGGGCUCAAGGUCGGCGGGCUGGGCAACAUGAAAGACAGCAGCAGUACCAAUCUCGUCGAUGGAUCGGUCCUCUUCGGCUCCGAGCUCUCCGACCGCUGCGAGUACGAAAAGCGCCUCAUCCCCGGCAUCGUGAAUCGCUGCAUCGAAGAAGUCGAAGCCCGCGGCCUCGACAUGGAAGGCAUUUACCGCAAAUCCGGCGGCUCGGGCCAAGUCAAGCUCAUCCAGCAGGGCUUCGAGCGCGACGGCGCAAACUACGACAUUGCCGACCCAGACCUCGACAUCCACGCCGUCACCUCCGCGCUGAAACAGUACUUCCGCAAACUGCCCACGCCGCUCAUCACCUUCGACGUUUACGACGGCCUGCUGGACGCCGGCCGCCUAGCGGACAAGGAAAAGCAAGCCGCAGCCUUGCGCCUCGUCCUCUCCGAACUCCCCGAACACCACCGCGACUGCCUCGAAUUCCUGAUCCAGCACCUCGCGCGCGUCAUGGCGCACGAAGCAGACAACCUCAUGACGUCGCUUAACCUCGCCGUCGUCUUUGCGCCGACUAUCAUGCGGCCGGAGUCGAUUGAGCGCGAGAUGAGCGAUAUGCAGGCGCAGCGCAUGGCGGUGCAGGCUAUGCUUGAGCAGUGCGCUGUUGUGUUUGCUGAGGAGUGA